GUGACACGGACUGGGAGUUUGAUGUUGCCUCUGUCUGUGAUCGAUACCCGGGGACACAUUUUACUUUACAGCCAUUUUUUCAUCACUACUUUUUUGAUGUGUGUUACCUCCCCGACACUUUAAAUUGCGUUAAAAAAAAUUAUUGCAGUUUCGCCCCUCCACCUCUCCCGAGCAACACUGAAGCCUCAAGCCAUGUUACUACCCUCGUCACUACUACUCCUCCUCCUCGGCCUCCUCACCUGGAGUCCCAGUGCAUCAUGGGCUGCAAAAGUGAUCGUGGUCCCACCCAUCAUGUUUGAAUCACAUCUUUACAUCUUCAAGACACUGGCCACGGCUCUGCACCAGGAAGGCCAUGAGACCCAUUUUUUAAUUUCAGAGGGCCGCGGGGUGCCCCCCUCUCCUCACUACCACUUACAGCGCUACCCAGGGAUCUUUAACAGCACCACAGCUGACAACUUCCUCCAGUCCAAAGUCAGCAACAUCUUCUCGGGCCGCCUGACAUUUCUGGAACUGUUUGACAUUCUUGACCACUACUCCCAGAACUGUGACGCUGUCGUUGGCAGUGUCGAGGUAAUGACCCGCCUCAAGGAGGCCAAGUUUGACCUGCUGCUGGUGGACCCUAAUGAGAUGUGCGGUUUUGUGAUCGCUCAUAUCCUGGGUGUGAAAUAUGCCGUGUUCAGCACAGGCCUGUGGUACCCUGCAGAGGCAGGUGCCCCGGCCCCGCUUUCAUAUGUACCCGAAUUCAACUCGUUGCUGACUGACCGCAUGUCUCUGCUCCAGAGGAUCACCAACACAGCUGUUUAUCUGGUGCAGCGCUUUGGAGUCCAUUAUAUUGCAUUGCCCAAGUAUGACCGGAUUAUGAAGAAACAUGGAGUGAAGCCUCAAGUGGCCAUGGCCGACUUGGUGCAGGGCAGCCGGCUGUGGAUGCUUUGCACUGACAUGGCUCUGGAGUUCCCCCGGCCCACGCUGCCACAUGUGGUGUACAUAGGAGGCAUCCUUACCAAGCCCCCCAGCCCUUUGCCACAGGAUUUCGAGGCGUGGGUGAAUGACACAGCGGAGCAUGGCUUUGUGGUUGUGUCGUUCGGAGCUGGGGUCAAGUACCUUUCCCAUGACAUCGCUCACAAACUGGCAGGAGCCCUCGCCAGGCUGCCCCAGCGUGUUGUCUGGAGAUUCUCUGGAGUUCCACCCAGUAACCUUGGCAACAACACAAAGCUUGUUGAUUGGAUGCCUCAGAACGACUUAUUAGGCCACGCCAACACACGGGCCUUCCUGAGCCACGGUGGCCUGAACAGCAUCUACGAGGCCAUGUAUCACGGGGUGCCAGUGGUUGGUGUGCCCCUGUUUGGAGACCACUAUGACACCAUGACUCGUGUGGCGGCUAAAGGAAUGGGCAUCAUGCUACAUUGGAAAUACAUGACCGAGGAAGACCUCUACACAGCCCUGACCAGCGUCAUCAAAGACAGCAGGUACCGCCAGCAAGCACGCACUCUCUCUAACAUCCACAAAGACCAGCCGGGCCAUCCUGUGACCAGGGCCGUCUACUGGAUCAGCUACAUCCUACGUCACAAAGGUGCCAACCACCUGCGCUCCGCCGUAUAUGAUGUGUCCCUCUACCAGUACUUCCUGCUGGAUGUGAUUUUUACUGUAGGGGCCGCUGUGGCUCUGGCUGUCUUUGCCCUGCGACGGCUGGUACGAUUGAUGCGGGGGAAGACCGGGGACCAGAGCAGAGGGGCUGGUGACACAAGGGAUGAUGGUAACAUGGCCAAUGGACAUUGCCAUAGCGAGAGCGUGGCCAACGGGAAACACAAACGCAAUGGCUCCUUGAAAAAUGAGAAGAAGAUGAAUUAGUGUUUUGAAUGGCCAAGAGGGACGAGGAAGAAGUUGCCCCAAGGACUCAGCUCUAGGUUUGGUUAAGUGGUUUUUAUACAAGCUUUGAAGAGAAAGCUGUUCUUAGGUCUGCGUCGAGAGGCAACUGCUACUCAGAGCAAGCAAGCGGCUGUAGAAGGAUACACAAUGCAUUGUGUGGGGAUGGAGCAAGGCAUAAGGUGCUCAAGAAUCUGUGUGUGUGUGUGUGUGUGGGUGUAUGUGUGCACUGAGGCGAAUUUAACGAAAAAAAACUCUAACAAAAAAGCAGCUACAGCAACCAAAUUGGAAAGUAAUCGAGGAUGAAACAUAGGAAAUACACGUUGGGAGGACAUUGUUUCUUCACAUAUGUCAUCUCUCCUGCAUGUUCUCUGUCGUCUUCCUGCCUUCCGUACCAGUGGAAGGAUGAUGAAAAGGGGAAAUCCUGAGCGCCAACCCCUCAUCCUCAGAACAAAACAAGAAAACAAAUGGAUAGCUUUUGAAAUAGUUAGGAUUUAAUGUUUUUAACUGCAAACUCCGCUUCUACAAGUGUCUGGUAAACUGUAAAUAGAGGACAAAUAUAUUUAUUACUUUAUAAAUGCAUUUUAAUGAUGGACCUUUUUAACCUAUCUUAUUUUUAAUUUAUUUCAUGUUGCAUGAUGGUACACAUACACUCCCUUCUCUUGGCACAGCAAAGUGCACAUCAUAUUGGUGAAACAAACUGAAAGCUGCAGCCAUGACAAGUCUGCACAAGUCUGUGCUUUCCACAGUAUUCAUGGUGGUCUUGUUUUCAAGUGUGUUGAAAAUAUUUUCCAUUUUUCCCUUUUCACAUGGUAGUGCCAUCCUGUGACUGCCCUUAGCUGUGCAGCGUUCCUACUGUCUCCAAACUGACAGUUUGUUCUGUUUGGCUUAUCAGUGUGAAAAGGGCUAAUCACGUUAUCAUGAAGAGAUUUAAUAGCAAUGGCUACCAAGGAUACUAUGGAUAGGCAGAGCCAGAUCAGAAAUGUGCUCAUCCAGUCAUCUGAUCAUGGAUUAGUCAGAGCUUUACUGAUUUGUGAUUACUUGCUUCGUCAGUCCCACAUCUUCAUUCUGCAUCCCUCAUUUAUUUAUUAAUUGGUAAAGAUUCACCUUUUGACUGCCAUUUUUAAAGCUACACUUGACUUUGUACAUCAUACGUGUACGAUUCACUUGAUGAAUGAUCUCUCAUUAGACUCCCUAAAAACACGAGGUUUCACCCAUGUUACAGGGCGUAGUAGUGAACACUUCAGCAAGCUCUGUGAGCUGUUGGGAAAAGUUUGCAUAGAGGGCUUUUCCCCAGAAAUCUGUUUGUCAGGGUUAGGAAAAAAGUUGUGGUUGAGGUUAAAAUGGAUAGAUUUCUGCCAGAAAGGGAUUUCUGUCAGAAAACACACAAGGCAAUGUUUUCCCAUGUGCGCUUUGUGACUGUCUCAGCUUGUGCAUGUUUGAGUUUUUCAAAAUGAAGGGUGAGUUUUGCUAGUUUUGUACAAACAAUAAGCCGAACACAAUUUUACAAAUCCUAGGAUAGCAACAGACCCACCUUACUCUCCCUACGAUUGGCUAGUACUUGCUACAUCUUUAUUAAUUGAUGAUUACAAAAAAUAAAAAACACUUCUGUUUGAAGUUACAGUUAAGCUUGCGUUCUCCCAUAGGUUUAAUCUUGGGGUUAAGGCAACGAUUAGGGUAAUAGACAGCUUUUUCAGUGAUAGUUUUGCUAGUUUAUCCAAAAAGUGAAGAAAGGACCCAAUGCAAGCAGAUGAGAAUGUGCAUCAAGCUUACAACACACUGCCUCUGGGUGAAACCCCAUGUUUUUAGGGAGUCCUGUUCUGACACAGCUUAUGUUGCAAAUGCUAGUUUUAAAAGACACAUUUCAGGUAGAAAUCCAUUCAGUGCCCCUCUUCUGCAAGUUGAAAUCUGUUAUAUAUAGCAAUAGAGGUUCAUGUACAAACUAGGAAGACCUCAUGUAAUUAAAUUAACUUUGGGUGUGAAUGAUUCACAUUCUGUAAGUGGCCUUUUAUAAUGCAAAUAUUUGUGUAUGCAGUAUGCUUGAAUACAUGUGUAUGUGUGAUGUUUCAGUGCUAGUGAUCACUGUACAGCUUUAGACUGAGUGUAUGGAUGAAACAAUGAGGUAUGUUUUAAUCCACUGAGAGUGAUGUAAAAACCAUUGGCUUUUCCACCAUUCUCUGAAGUCAUCAUACUAAUUGAAAACCUAUGCAGUGGAUUCUCUAUGUUAUUUUCAUUCAGUACAACCGAAGUUGCCUUCUGUAGCUUUUAUAUCAUCUUACGUGUCAAUCCACUCUGCUUUAUUUUACUCUUGUUUCUCGGCCAUCGUCUCUGUUAAUUCUUAAUGCAGAUGGAGGAAGGGUGUAAGGAGGGUGAAAGAGUGACUUAGUUCCGACAACAAAGGUGAACCCCGCUACUUUUACAAUGGAUAAUACUGUGUCAAAGUGACACUGAUCCCCACAGCGAAAUUCUCUUUUCUUGAACCCCCGUCGAGGAGAUCAAAGUACAGGGCAAGCUGGAAGAGAAUCGUCACAGUUUGUGGGGAUUCAGUAUCUUGCUAAUGGACAUUUCAGAAGGCUUGUGGACAUGGGACAUAAAAAUCUCAUGAACAUGAGACUUCUAGCUGGACAGGUCUGCAAACCACUGCACCACACUUACUGUACUUUCCUAUAUUCUAUAUUGUUCCAGCAACAAAACCCAGACGUCUACUUUGUGAAUCACAACUGUAAUUGGCAUUCUAGCAAAGUUAUUGUUUACCAACUUACUAAAGCCUCACAUGGACAAUACAGCAAUGUAUUUAAAGGACACAGAAAAAAUGCUAUCACUUAACCUGUCAAAAGUUGUCGAGGACUUAACAUCCAACUAUGUAUGUUCACAAAUCCUGUGAUAAUUGAGAAAAGCUUCAUGAUCUUCCUUUCUCUGUGAGCUACAAUUACACCUGCACAGCCCGACCCCGCCCUGCUGAAAACAGACUAUUAUACUUGAAUCAUCAUCAUUAUCAUCAUCUGUAACAAGCUCAGCUGUUGGGUAUGGGAGGCGGGCCUGCAGGUGCUACACAAGCUAUGAACAGGGUCUGGAGAGAAAAGAAAUGUUUGUGAAGAUGCAUCUAUUUUUUAAUUAUUAUUUUCAGUAUUAAUAUUAUAGACCACAUUAAAAGUCCAUCCAUGCCUGUCCUUUACUACUCUCCUAUGUUUCUGUGCUCACUCCUCAGUCUGACAUGUCUCUGUUCUUGUGUUGUUGCAUUUCAUCAGCUUGAAGUUUUUCUUUGUUCCGUCUUCAGUAGUGCACUUGUUUGUUCCAUGUGUCCGCCUCUUUGUCUUAUUCUUGACUUCCUGAUGUAUUUGGCUGUCUUUGUAUUCUUGUCUUAUCUUCCUCCUAACCCCUUAAAUAUUACAUGUCUCCACUCACUUGCCUUUUUUUAAAACUUUCAUUCUACUUUGAUUUAAAAAUGACAAAGUCCUCAAUUUUCCUGUCAUGUGUGUCCAUGUUGUAAAUAGAACAAUGUAAACAAAAUACUA